AUGUCCCGGCCUCAAGCCGUGGUGGGCUCCUCCGGAGCACCCGCCUUUGGGGGCUCCCUGGGGCUGGGGGGCCUCUACAGCACCGGGGCCACUCAGGGCUCGGGCGGCCUCUGCACCUUUGGCAGACCCUACGCUUCUCCUGCCUGCAGCCCCUGCGCCUUGCCCUGCUACAGCAGGAAGCUCUGGGACACCUGCGGACCCUGCUAA